AUCUCUACCACCAUGGUCGCCGUUUGUCCCAAAAUUCUUUCAGCUGGCCACUGUGAUGAUGAUUCCUGUCGCCUUCGACAUGAUGUACUACUUGUAUGCAAUCCAUGUCGGAAAACUUUCCUCACUCAACAAAAUCUCGAUGCACAUUUGAUCUCGAAAAGGCAUCUGGCGGUUGCAUCUCGAGCGCCGGGGAUGUCCUACUGUAGGGCUUGUGACAGAACUAUGGCCGGAUCUGGUUGGGAUUCACACGUUCGUGGUUCGCGUCACCUCAGAGCGGCCGAGCGACGAGGGGUAUCUCCCGAUGUUCAACCAGAACUGCCUGAGGAGGUUGAAGGUUAUACUUUUUGUCCAUCUUGUAACAUGCACAUUCCCAACGAUGUCUGGAAUAUCCACAUCAACGGCAGAAGACACAAAGCAUGGACACGGUAUACCAAGUUCACUUCUGUUCUAGAAGAAGCCGAGGAAAACAAACACGGCGUUAUCGUGGAAGGGAACCUCGAUUUUGAUAUCGUCAAUCCUAGCGUCGCGGGUUCAGGUAUAUCCGCACAUCUGACUAUCAGUACCACAGUUCCCCACGCGCGUCUUUCUGUGGCCGUUCGUUUGGCAUCUUCGAAACAUCGCUCAGCGUUCUCUCCGUUCACCAUCACGCCUCUUGGGACACUGCAACUAAAGUACCGUCAACCACUGGAACUGACCGUUGCGGGGUGUCAAAAUUUCCCGGGACGUGCAGACGACAGGGUAGAGCUUGCUUUCGAGGAUCAGCAGCUGAACACACAAUUCAUUAUCUGUCGACCCAUCCAUAUUAUCGUCGGUGACCCAGAGGCUCACAGGGCACUGCAGCCGAAAACGCCAUACGUCGCCCGAAAAAGAACGGCCCGACAUCCGGAGACGAAAAUCCUUCCAAAGUAUGAUAUCCCCAAGAACUUGCAUGCCACCCUGGCGACCGGCUCCGUCCCAGAGGUCGUCAGGCGGCUUCGGGAGAUGUUCCUCCCUCCUACGAUCGAGGGUGCUUCCUAUGGGAGGCAUUUCCGACAUUUGAUCUGGGCCGAAGAGUUCAAAUCGAGCCAAGAUUUGGAGUACUAUGAUAUUCCUAAUUCUAAACUUACAGGAAACGGAAGAUACUAUCACCUUGAAGUCCCCGGUUUGGCUGAAAAAAGGCCUAGUGUCCUCGUUGGGGACAACAUCCUCGUUCGAAGGAGUGAUGCACCCGAAGGUCACUGGUAUUCGGGCUGUGUUCAUUUCGUUCAUAAGGCAGAAGUCGGGCUAUGUUUCUACUAUUCGUUCAAAGCGACUAGCACGGAUAGAUUCCUUGUCCGCUUCAAACUAAACCGAUACCCACUUCGACGACAGCAUCAAGCCUUGGAAACAGCUUUUGCUCCUGCGCGUUUACUCCUGCCCACCGAACAGCACGUCCUGGCGCCAUCGGGAGCAUCCCCGUGGAGGCCUUUCAACAAGUUGAUCGAUACCAAUCCGCAGCAAAGACAGGCGGUCGACUGCAUCCUUCGUCAACCUGGGGGAUCAGUGCCCUUCAUCAUCUUUGGGCCGCCCGGGACGGGUAAAACUGUCACCAUGGUAGAGGCAAUUCGGCAGAUCCAUGCCUCCAAUCCCAAAGCUCGUAUCCUCGCGUGUGCUCCGAGUAAUUCGGCAGCAGAUCUUAUCACGUCCCGCCUUAUGAUGCUGGGAGAAGACGCGCUCUUCCGAUUCUACGCCCCAUCCAGACCGAAACAAGCUGUACCUCUCGAGCUUAAGCCUUUCACCUACGUCAAUGAUGAGGGUAACUUCUCCGUUCCCAUCUUAGCUCGCGUCCGCCAAUUCAGGGUCAUCGUCUCGACCUGUGUCUCUGCGUCGGUGUUCUUUGGUAUUGGUAUUCCACGAGGACACUUCACGCAUAUUUUCAUCGACGAAGCUGGCCAGGCUACAGAACCGGAGGCGAUGAUUGCGAUAAAGACCAUGGCUGACAAUACGACUAAUGUCAUCCUGUCGGGUGAUCCUAAGCAGCUUGGGCCUAUCAUCAGGUCACCAGUGGCGAGGGAUUUAGGCCUGGAGAUCAGUUACAUCGAGCGGCUGAUGCAGAGGGACAUGUAUGACGAGGAGGAUCAGGACGACAGCCACCCGGUGGUGAAACUGAUACAGAACUUCCGCUCUCAUCCUGCAAUCCUCAAAUUCCCGGACGAGCGGUUCUAUAAAGGAGAGCUUCAGCCUUGCGCGGACCCCAAGGUCAUCACUUCUUUCAUUGGGUCGAAACACCUCGAAGCAAAGAAAUUUCCUAUUGUCUUCUAUGCAAUGGCAGGCAAGGAUGCUCGCGAGGCUUCGUCUCCAUCAUUCUUCAAUAUCGACGAGGUUCUGGAUGUCAAGAAAACAGUUGAGGAGUUACGCUCUGAUAAAAAAUUGUACAUCACCGACGAUGAUAUCGGUGUGAUCGCGCCAUAUCAUGCUCAAGUUCUCAAGAUCAGGAAUACACUGAGGGGACGAUACGAUGGCAUCAAAGUUGGUAGUGUCGAGGAGUUCCAGGGCCAGGAACGCAAGGUGAUUAUCAUAUCGACAGUCAGAAGUAGCAGAGAAUCUGUAGAAUUUGAUCUGCGGCACACUCUUGGAUUCGUUGCCAGUCCUCGUCGCUUCAAUGUGGCCAUAACUCGAGCAAAGGCACUCGUCGUCGUCAUCGGAGAUCCGACCGUCCUUUCUCUCGAUCCCCUAUGGCGGUCGUUCCUCAACUACAUCUACAAAAACGGUGGAUGGAGAGGGUUACCGAUUUCUUGGGAUCCCGAUGCUGAUGUGGACGAAUCCGGGGGUUAUGACCGCGCCAUCCGGGAAGCCGCUGAAGAGGAUAUGAAUGACUUUGGUAGACAAUUGGAGGCGAUGACGCUGGCUGCUGUUGGAGAGGAUGAAGAUGUCGUGGAUCGUCCUUGGACACGACAUGAUGGGUAAAUUGCGGUAACUUUUGCGGGGAUAAUUUCUACCGUAGAGGCACUCGAGGGACCACGAUGCGAAUACGGGGUUGACGUAGUACAUGAGCGGUGGAGUACGUAGUCAAUCAAGUAAAGACAGGAAAAGUGUAGUAGCACGUACACGUGACCGAUGACCAAUCAAAACG